AUGAGUGAUGUCGAGGCAGUUUCCCUACCAGCUGCCCUGGAUGUCAGUCCCAAUGCCCUCGCCCCGGUGAAGGCGGACUCGGGACCUUCGUCGCCUGGCAAGCCUGUUCUACCACCACGACCAAGCGAUGAGAAACCAGUGGAAUCGGAGGAGGAAGGUUCCUUUAGUCCAAGGGCUGACUCGGAAGCCGAGACGAUCAUUCAGUCGGGCCGAGAGUCUUUGUCACCAGAGAAGAAGAGGAAACACAUUCGACACGAUCCACAACGCCGACCGAUGGAUGGUGUCGAUGGCAACCAACGAAAGAAACCUCGAAUUAAUGGCGACCGAGUAGAUCGAGACAAUCGACACCCUCGACCUUCUCGAUCGCCCCGUCCGUCCGAAAGACCCGCGUCGCCACCGUCCGUUGUUAAGGUAGAGAAGGUUGAUGAUGUGCCUUCCGUCGCGCCUAGUGUAUUGGAGGAAAAUGCCCCCAAUGACGCAGACAGGCCGCCCCCAUACCGAAAGAGGAGUUUCAGCGACAGUGUCGAGGAAAAGCGUGAACGACGACGCGACUCGGCCACCCACCUGAACCUAAAACACGUCAACAACCACCGUUUCCCACGACCGUCUUCCAGUGCUCGCUCGGUAUCCCCUAGUCGCCAUUCUCACCAGCGAUCUGUUUCUGGUUCUCACCUACCUAAUAAGAAGAAAGCCCCUACACCCCUUCUCUCCGGUUUCCAACGGCAGGCCUCGGAAGACCGACUCUCCACCUCUUCAUCCGCCAGCGGAUCUCCACAUCCUAGUGCUCAUUUGAGGAGACUUGGGUCUGGGAUGGUCGCUUCGGCGUCGCCCGCGAAGCAAAUCGGACCCAAGAAGCUUAAAGAUAAGAGCGGACGUACACCUUUGGCCAGAGCUUGCGCGGAUGGAAAGUACGAACAAGUGGUUCAGCGUCACGAAGAACGACCCGAAGAUUUAAACGUCCCUGAUAAUGCAGGGAACACUCCAUUGCAAAUCGCGUCGCUCAACGGUGAGGCACCGAUUGUUGAGUUCCUCUUGAAGGCCGGCUGUGACAUCGACACCCACAAUAUCGACAAAGACACGCCCCUCAUUGAUGCCGUGGAAAAUGGCCAUAUCGAAGUUAUAAAGCUCCUGCUCGAUGCAGGUGCAAAUCCUCGAACCUUGAAUGCCUCUGGAGAUGAGCCCUAUGAAUUAGUCCCGUCUGAUUUGAAGGACGAUGAAUACGAUGAGAUACGCAAGGCAAUCGCCGAUGCCAAGGCCAGCUCGCGACCCAGCCGGCGCUCAGAAGAGCAUACCAGACUCGACAGCAAGACCUCUUUGUCGCGACGAGCAUCAGUGGCCAGCCCUUCACGGAGUCCCCCACCCUUGAGUGGUGCAGCAAGUCGCCGCAAGACUGGCCGAAGCGAAGCGACAAGGAAUGAGUUUUUGUGGACACAGGCGACACCGGAGAAGCUGCGUGAAUACGCGGCGAAGGGUGAUGAGCAAGGUGUUGUCAGUGUCUUGAAUAUUUUGCAGAAAGCAGACAAUGCGUCCUUGAUUGCUGCCGCCAAGGGUGGUCAUGAAGAUGUGCUAUCCCUUAUGUACGCUAUGGGCGAUGCUGAUGCGGAUCCAAACCCGGUGAAGGGACAGGGCCAGAAAUCAGGAUACAACACUCCCAUGCUCGCUGCCAUUGGCCGUGGCAAACCAGCCAUCAUUCAACUUAUCCUCAAUCAACCUGGUUUUGACCCUACCCGUCGCCUGUACGAAGGCGCCACCUAUUUCGAGCUCUCCAAGGCUCGACAAGGCGAGAACUGGGAAGAAGAGCACGAGAUCUUGAAGUCUGCUUUCGAGAGGUCUGGAGGUUCCCGCAAACCAAACAAAGACCUCUCUUCACCCCGCCGUGCUCGUAAAGAAAAGGACGACAAACGAUCUGCCCGCAGAGAAUCCUCUUCACCUGCUCGCCCAAAGAAGCUCGGUGACAGCCCCAAUCGUCAACGUGCACCUAAGGACAUCGAGGCAUUGAAACAGAAACGACGUGAGAAGGAAAAGGUCAAGGCUUUGAGUCGCCCAAAGGUGCCCCGGGAGAUUAACGACAAUGCUCUUGCUAGCUCCGAUCACGAUUCAGUUCGCCCCGAAUCCGUGAAGCCUAAAUUACCCUCGGCAAGAAGAGGUAGCGAGUCUAGUGGUAUGGCUCGGCCUGACGAGAUUCGAAAGCGACGGCUUAUCGCUGGACGACGUCCCCAAGAUCAAGAGCGUGAGCACGAGGGCGAGCGAAGAUCAAGCCUCUUUUCAUCUGAUUCUGGUCGGGAGGAAGGGUCCAAGUCUCGCAAUGAUUCCGCACCGGACCCUAUCUCAUCUUUGAAACGCAUUCGUACCGAUACCUCCCCUGAAAGAUCUCGUUCGCGGGAUGCAGAUAGCGAUCGGCUAUCGCCCGAGGCACGAAAGAAGAAACGGCGUGUACUCGCCGACGAGAGGUUAUCCGGUGCUGUGAAUGGUGUUCCUCGCAAGACAGAUGAUGCGGUAGAUGGUGAAAAAUCUCACCGUCGACCUCAAGAACCAACUUCACGACCCGUCGAAAGCACCUCACGCAAGCCUACUGACAACUUGAAGAAGUCAGUUCCUUCCCAACAAUCUUCCGCUCACGAUUCUUCCAAGAGAAACGGAGACGUUAAAACUGAAUCUCGCGAGGCCAACGCCAACCCUGUUCCUGAGGCUCCCACCGAUGAGAAGCGAGCUGAGAUCGAAAGCGAGAAACGUCGCCAGGCGGAAGCCAAAAAGAUCGAAGAAGAUCGCCUCGCGGAAGAGAAGCGAGCUGCAGAAGAAGCAGAGCGUGAUCGUCUUGCCAAAGAAGAAGAGGAAAGAGCUGCCCGGGUUGCCCGUGAAGCCCGUGAAGCCCGUGAAAAGGCUGAGGAAGAAGAGCGCAAGCGCCAAGAAGCCGAGCAACGAAAGGCUAAGCAAGCCGAAGACGAGAAGCUCAAGCGAAUCGAGAUGGAGCGCGCUCGGGUCAUGAAGAUGCGUCGCGACCAAGAGGCCCAGGAGAAACGCCGCCGCGAAGCUCUUCCUGGCCGCCUCCGUGUUUCCGCCCGAUACGUGGGUGAGAAUGAUUCUCGUGCCCGAAGCCACACAUGGCUGAAGAACUUCAUGCCCCUUGUCACUGCGGUCACCCGUCAGCUUGAACCUACUUAUGCUGAAGAUAUUGUGGAUGAAAAAUGGAUUCCGAACUACUUGGUUGCCCCUCUGCUGGCCACUAAUGACCUCCAACUGUCUCAAUAUGCCUCAUGGGAGAAGCGCAAAGCGACACUGACCCAGCGAAGCAAUCUCUGGCGAUGCACUCGCCGGAUGCUGGUACAUACGGACGACCCCCGGUACAGCAACGCAUCGUUCGGGGAAAUCAUGCAGCUGGUUGAUCAAACCCGACCCAAGUACGAAGAAAUGGAGCAUGUCUUCUGGAUCAGAGUAAGCCUUGCCAUUAUUUUCAUCUCUCUCAUGAUAUCACUGCUAACAAAUUCCCAGCUUUCUGAUUUCAUGGACCUCGUACCGCACAUCCCUCACCUUAAUGGACUCGAGCUUGAAUUCAUGAGCAUGCACAUCGACCCAGAGCCUUCCGCUGGCCCCGGUCUUCAGGCAAACGGCCAUGCUCCCAGUAUUCUCGCUGAAACGAAUGGUUCCUCCGUUCCCAACGGUCAUGGCUAUCCUCGGACCGGUACAUACUUCUAG